GGAGCUCUAGCUUGAGAAAAACGCUCCGUGCACGCGACGACGGCAAGCAUACCACGGCGUGACCGAAAACGAUAGGCGUGCGGCCACCUGAACAAAUGUUUGCACAAUGUCGAGCCUGCAUCGGCGGCGGAGGCUGGCUCCGCAAGGGGCAGCCCGCAUUUGCCGAGUCGCAGCGGCCAACUGAGACGCCGCUGGCCAAGGCCCAGCAGCAGGAGAACAAUAUGAACGGUACGGACGCGGCAAAGAGAGCGCUGCUGUCGAGGACGAGCACCUUCGUAAGCCAGCCCGUGCCCGUCCCAGGAGGAGGGGUCGUGGACCUGUCGACGCUCGACCCGGCGGCGCUCAUCAACUCCGUGGCGCACGAGACGCGCUUCGCCAUCGAAUCUGCCGCAGAAUUCAACGCGCGGUGGCGGGCGGCGCUGCGCGAACGCUUCGAGGCGCAGGGCGUCGUCGACGAGCUGGACGCCUGGCUGGACACGGGCCUCUCGAACGGGCGCCCGCUGCGGCUGUCGGUGAUGGCAAUCAAGCCCAACGACUGGUUUUGUGUGCACGCUCACCCGAACAUCGAGUUGAUGCAGACGCUCGUCGGCACGCUGCACGAGGUGCGUUGCGGCGACCCGCCGACGCUGCCCGACGGCGACGAGGGCCCCGACCUGCGGCGCGCGCUGGCGUGGGAGGCCGGCACCGUGCCCGCGGGCGAGUUCGUCGUCAACGCCGCCGGGAGCGUCCACCAGAGCUUCACCGAGGGCGACGGCGCGCUCAUUGUGGUAUUGUGGAGCGGCUGCCACGCGAACGUCCGCCCCGAGAGGUGUCCCUCAUCAAACCUCCUCCGCCCCGGCGCCGGCUGGGCCGAUUAAUUUUACAAG